AGCUCCCCCAGACCCUCCCAGAGCCUUUAUCAGGGAGCUGGGACUGAGUUCCUGCCACUCCCAGAUCCCCUCCACUCUGCUUUUCUCUUCCUCUAGCUCUGCAGCAGUGUGUGGGGAGUGAGGAGUGCUACCAGCCAGCUCCUUGAUCCUGCCAAUCAGAGCAUCAGGCUCAGAGCAACUCUACAGACCGCUCUGCUGUACCUGAGGCCUCCCAGUCACCAUGAGGAGCACCCUGCUGUUUGCAGCCAUCCUGGUCCUUAGUCUAUGUUCAAGCUUUGGGGAUGUUUGUGAGGAGUCACAGGAGCAGGUGGUGCCCAGUGGGACCCACAACAAGGACUCAGGUCUCUACCAGCUGCCCCCAUCAUUGCUUCGGAGACUCUACGACAGCCGCUCAGUUUCUCUGGAAGGAUUGCUGAAAGUGCUGAGCAAGGCUAGCAUGGAUCCUAAGGAAUCAUCCCUUCCCCAGAAACGUGACAUGCAUGAUUUCUUUGUGGGACUUAUGGGGAAGAGGAACAGCCAAGCAGACACUUCUACUGAUGUGAAUCAAGAGAACAUCCCUGGCUUUGGCACCCUCAAGUAUGCCUCCAGUGCAGAAUGAGCAUUCUACUUCUGGACCCUGGGCUGCAUCAUAGAGACACUCUCCCCUGUCCCAAUCCCAGGUGCAUGUUCUCCUAUUUCCCUUCUGUUCCUAUAACAUUCUUUGUGCUUUGAUUCCUUUGCUCUCCCUUCUAGUAGCUUGUGACUAUUCCCAAUCCUAAUGAACAUUGACUGUGGGUUCUAUAGAUUAACUAUAGUUUCUAUAGAGUUCUACAUUAAAAAUAUGUCUCUUUCCUCCUCAACAAUAAAGAUUUUUACAUAUGAGCGA